AUGGAGGAUCAUUCCAAUAUUGGUCUAACCUCCAUCAUGCACCUUCCUGAUGAUUGUCUUUACUUCAUUUUCCGAGGACUUGAUUGUUUCACAGAUCGUGAAUCCUUUGGCCUGACUUGCCAACGAUGGCUCCAAAUUCAAAACCAUAGCCGACGCUCUUUACAGUUUGCAUGUUCAUUCACCCAUUUGAGUCUUUCUUCAUUAGGACACCCCAAUUUUAACUUCAAUUCCUUCCAUCUCAAUAGGGUGCUCACCCGCUUUCAGAAUUUACAGUCUUUAUCCUUAGCUGGUUGCAUAUACCUAAAUGAUUCAGGCUUGGUACCACUACAGUAUUAUGGUUCAAACUUGCAAGCUAUUCAUUUUGACUGUUGUUUUAGUAUCACUGAUAAUGGAUUUUCCAUGGCCGCCAUUGCUUGCCCCUCACUAACACUAGUUAGUCUUUACCGAUGCAAUGUUACUGAUGUUGGGUUAGCAAAUUUGGCCAAAGCUUGCUCUGGUCUAAAACAAGUAAACCUCUCACACUGCUCAUACAUUUCUGACCAUGGAUUAAGGGCUCUUGUAAAUGCAUGCCAUCAACUUCAAGCCGUCAGAAUAUCUUUCUGUAGCCGUAUAACUGGUGUUGGCUUCAGAGGUUGUUCUUCAACUUUAGCUUAUGUAGAAGCCGAGUCUUGUGAUCUUGACCCACAAGGCAUGGGUGGAAUAGUGAGUGGAGGUGGAUUAGAGUAUUUGGAUGUUUCUUCUCUAAGCUGGCAUGUAGGCAGAGAUGGAUUGGUAGCUAUAGGAGCAGGACUUGGCUCAAACCUGAAAAUCCUUAACCUUCGGUUGUGCAAAACUGUGGGCGAUCAGUCUAUUUUAGCAAUUUCAAAAGGGUGUCCCCUACUUCAAGAGUGGAACUUAGCAUUGUGCAAUGAGGUGAAGAUCUCUGGAUGGGUUUCUAUUGGGAUGAACUGUCAUAACUUGGAGAAACUUCAUGUGAACCGAUGUCGGAACCUAUGUGACGACGGGUUGCUGGCUUUGCGAAAUGGGUGCAGAAGGCUCUCUGUUUUGUACAUGAGCCGCGGAGGGAAGAUCACUUCUACAGCAAUAGAGAUGUUCAAAUGUUAUAGAGGAGAUGUUAUUAUCAAGCAUGAAGAGAUUAUGACUAUGAGUACAGGGCAUCAAUAUUUUGUUUGACUAGCUCUUUUGCAAACUUUCUUUACUUGUGUUUUGUUGCUUCUCUCUCUUUCUGAUUAAUUGUUUAAACUUGGGAUUUACUUAAUAUGUUAGAAUUGAAUUGUAUUA